AUGAAUAAGUGGGCGAUUCAAUUAUCAAUAGUGAUAUUCAGUCUAAUUUUGUCAAAUUCCGCCGCAUUAAAAUGCUAUGUUUGUAAAACUCAGGAAAAUGCAGAAUGUCAUGACUUAAGAGAUACUUACAUAAAAGCACAGGACUGCAUUGGUGAUCCAAAGUGGAAUGAAAAAUUUACAUGUUUCGUGAAUUCCAGCAUGGUAAACAAUCUAAUCGAAACAGAUCGGAGUUGUUUAGUCAUCAACAGUUCAUCUGAACCGUGUCUAGGAAAAACGAGCUCACACAAGUUUGGGAGAUGUCGUGUGUGCUCUGAGGAUGAAUGCAACAAUGACUUUAAUCUUGGCACUAAAAUUUUUAAUUUUUGGGAUAUUUCAAUCAUAAGUUUACCAGCCAUACGACUCUCAAAUCGAUUUCGAUUGAUGUGA